AUAUCAUAGCUUGUUGAGAGAAAACAUCACAUUGUUAGCUUUGAGAUUAUAUAUAGGUGAUAUAUAUUCAUCAAAAAAUGGAAGCAGGAAAUGGUGGUUUCAUACAAGAAGCUUUGAGGGGUUUUCUGAAGUGUUUAGGGUUAGAGGGUAGUGGAGAAAAAUCUGUUGCUGGCAGUGAAGAGGUUGUAAACAACCCUCCACCGCCGUCGCUACCAAUUGAUUCGGCAGCAUCAACAACUUACGAACCGCUACCCGCUGUAGAGGAUACACCAACCAAUGAUCCGCUCGUUGAUGAUCUACCUUCACCUGUUGAGAGUACUUCAAUGACAAUAACGGACAUUGACACCAAUAUUGGAGCUGAGAGUAAUACUCUUGUUACUAUAGACGAGAUACUAAAUAUGACUGGUGGCACAACCGCGCAAGCCCGUUAUGUUGAGGUACUUGACGAUGGUCAACCUAAAAUUAGCCUCCUUACUACAAGUCUAAUUAGUAGCGGGGGAGGUGGCAAAACACAUUAAGCAAUCAUCGAAAGAAUAAGGAGGGCGUGGAUAUCAGGCACGCAUGAUUGUGGUGGUUAUGUAAUAAUUCGUUUUCACGUAUGUAUAGUGGUCAAUCAAACCGUAUGUGAACAGUUGGAACUAUAAUAAGUUAUUUCCAUGUAUGUAUUCCCUAAGUUUAUAUGUGGUCACUUUUUAUUAUGUACAUAUGAUUUGUUCAUGUGUAUUCUACUUAUUUGGCUUGAACAA